AUGAUAAAAAGGAAACUCCAAGACCUAGCUGUUUGCUGUUCUUAUCAAGUCGAUUUCCUGCACGAAAGAAAGCACUCAGUUAAAGAAUUCAAAAGACAAUAUGACGUGCUAGACGAAAUUGGGCGAGGUGGUUUUGGUAUUGUCUAUGAAGGUACCAGUAAACUUGAUAACGGAUCAGUCGCUGUCAAGUUUGUUCAACAUAAACAUGUACGAUCAUGGACUAUGACAUGUCGCCACUUGAUACCUUCAGAAGUUUGCCAUUUAGAAACAUGUCAAGACAUCAAAGGUGUUAUAAAACUUAUUGAUUGGUUUGCAAACUCGAAGGGAUUUUUGAUAGUAAUGGAGAAACCGGAAAACUCAAUGGACGUUUUUGACAUGUUAUCACAAUACGGGCCACUGGUAGAAGAGCUUGCCAAGUUUGUUUUUAGACAGGUAAUUACCAUUGUGAACGAUAUAUACGAAAAAUAUAACUUACUACAUCGUGAUAUAAAGGAUGAAAAUCUAAUAAUUAAUAUGACUACCGGAGAAGUAAAGCUUGUUGAUUUCGGCGCAGCUGCCUACGAAGAAAAAGCUUCCAAAAAGGAAUUUCAAGGAACGAGAUCGUAUUGUCCUCCUGAAUGGUUUCGGGAUAGACAAUAUUUACCACUUCAAGCUACAUCAUGGUCCUUAGGAGUUCUCUUAUUUAUUCUAUUGACUGAAUCGAAUCGAAUAAUUGAUAUAGCUGAAUUCGAAGAAGAGCAGGAAUUAAACGAUAUAGUACUUACCAGAAAAAGGGAUAGCAUGGUAAAUAAUAACAAGGACAUGGAAAGCAUAUGCACGAUGGCCACAGCGUGCGAAGAACUGUAUGGCGAAGAAGGCGAAAACGAAUUGAGAAAUGAACAAAGUAAGUUUUCUAAAGAGAAAACGUUAAUAAGAAGUGAAUCUCGAUACGAUAACAUUUCUUCGUCGUCAUUUUGUGAUUACGUUUCUUUGGCAUCAUCUUUCGAUGAUUUUGCGUCAACUUCAGACAUUUAUCAAUCGGCUUGCGAGAUUUUAUCUUCAAGUUCAACCCGAAGUCUUUCUGCUGUAACGAGCGCAUCGCUGUAUAAUCUUGCAAAAGUGAAAAAAAAGUCAAGCAUUUUCAAAUCAUUCGACAACGAAUUGGAUCCGGUUGAGGAACAUGAUUUCACAACGACUAGUUCGAUGCAGAACAACACUAUUAUGUGCGAGUCGACAUCUAGUAAUGACGACGUUACAAUUUGCGAAGAUAAAAAAAUUUCGGAAAUUGUUACACCAUCGCGAAAAUCUCGAGAACGCCCAUUACAGUUUGGAAAUUCUUCAAAAACGCUCGCCGUUUUCCAAGUUUCUCCAGCGGUUAAAUAA